AUGGGUAACAUGUAUUGGGUUGCUUAUCGGGAUGAAGAAGAAACAGAGUUUAUCUGGAGUUUCGAUUUCUCUGAUGAAUCAUUCAAGGAGAUAUGUUUCUGUCCUCCUUCUUAUGAUAUUGGUCACUUAUCGUCUUUCAAUGGAGAUAGCUUGUCUAUGUUACAACAAGACUAA